AUGUCAGAAGACUCGGAACGUAUGAAAGAUUUGCUUGAAAUCACCAACUUUUAUAAUCAGAACUUCUUAUUUUUGUUUGCUGGUGAUUUUUAUGUAAUUCAGGAGAAAGUAAAGCAACAAGGUAUAUAUGAGUCGCUCAUUAGAGAUAUGAUGGUUGGUUUUGGGAAAUGGGAUUUCGGCCCACUGGAACUAGAGAAUCCAUUUCCUGAAAAUGAUGGAAAUCCGGUUCAAAUUUGGCAAGGUUGUGAAGACAGGAUUAUCUCAUGUCAAAUACAACGUUAUGUUGCAGAACGUCUGCCAUGGAUCAAGUAUUAUGAAAUUUCCGAUGGUGGACAUUUACUUCCCCACAACACUACUGUGAUUGAUGCUGUCCAGAGGUCACUCCUGAUUGCAGAAGAACCAUCUUUUAUAUAA